UCACACUCCAUUCCCUCCUUUCACACACUCAUAUAUACACGCAACCACACACACAUCUUAUUCUCUCUCAUUUCUUAUUUUCCAUUCACAAAAAAAAAAAAAAAAAUGGAUUCAUUUUCAAGGGGGUCCUCUGGUAGAGCAACAACAGAGCUACACCAUAUGUCUAAAAAAUGGAAAGACCCAAGAAGUGCCGAACGUAGCCCUGAACAUACUAUAGUUUGGACCGAACCACAUUCUAACAAUAACGUUAAUAAACAACCUCGUAAAGUUCCGGUUGUUUACUAUCUUUCACGUAAUGGCAACCUUGAACAUCCUCAUUUUAUUGAAGUUCCUCUUUCUUCUCAUGAUGGCCGCCUCUAUCUUCAAGAUGUAAUUGAACGUCUUAAUUCUCUUAGAGGAAAAGGAAUGGCAACCUUAUACUCAUGGUCUUCAAAACGGAGUUAUAAGAAUGGAUUUGUGUGGCAUGAUUUAGCGGAAAAUGAUUGUAUAUACCCUGCACACGGGCAAGAGUAUGUAUUAAAAGGUUCGGAGCUCGUUGUUUCGUCUACAGGACAACAACAAGCUCCAAAAGAUUUACCGUCGCCAGAUUUCAGAAAGUCUGGCGGCGAUGAUGACUUUCCAGUAGUCAGGCGUAGGAGAAACCAAUCAUGGAGUGCAGUUGAUCUGCACGAAUACAAAGUCUACACCAGCAGCGGCGGCGAGUGUUCAUCGCUCGCCGCUGCUGACGCGUCGACCCAGACCGACGACAGACGUCGUCGGCACAGAUCGACGUCCAUCAAAGAAGAGGAGGAAGAUGAAAGGAUUAAUGAAACCGAAAGUUCGGAACUAAGUAGAGGUGAGAUCUCACCUCCACCGUCCGAUUCAAGCCCUGAAACACUAGAGUCACUAAUGAAAGCAGAUGGAAUAGUUGUAGUGACACAACAAGAACAUAAUUUAUUAAAACAUAAUUUACCGACUAAUAAUAACAAUAUUAAUAAUAAUAACAACAAAAUGAAAGCAUCAUCGGUCUUAAUGCAACUAAUAUCAUGUGGGUCAAUAUCAUGUGGGCCAGGGGGUUAUGGAAAAGAUAACCCGGGUUUUUCGUUGAUUUCACAUUACAAGUCAAGGAUGUUGCCACGUGGAGGGGGAGAAAGGAAUGUGAAUGUUACUGGGGAUGAAAAUGUGGUUGAAAACGCUGUCGUUUUGAGGAAGAACCGGAAGGUUAAAAAACAACAACAGCAUCAGCAAAUGGUUGUGACAGAGGAUAAAGAAUAUUUCAGUGGGAGUUUAAUUGAGACUAAUAAAAAAGAGGUGUUUCCAGCUAUCAAACGAUCUAAUUCUUAUACUGGAAAUCGGUAAUUUUUUUCUUUUACAGUAGUAAAAAAAGGUUAAAUUUAGAUUAUAUACUACUACUAGGCUUUUACUUCUCCUUUUUAGUUGUAAGUUGUGAUUUAUUUGAUGUAAUGUUAAUGAUGAUGAAGUAAAGUGAAGUCAAUUCAUGUAUU